UAUCCGAUCUAAAAAUAACACAAAUAUUACAUUUACACUUCAUGCCUAUAAAGGUCACAAAAUUUUUGUUUUACGAAAAAUGUUUGGUAAAAGAAAGCCUGAUAAUUCUUACUUGGUGCCACACAAUUCAAAAAUCAAUUUUGAGCAAAGAUCUGCCUUAAGCGAACACGCCGCAAAUCUAAAGGAAAAUAACUACGAUCGCAGCGUCAUGAAUAAGUGUCCACAUUGUGAAAAUAUGGCCAAGAAUUUUUUAUACUUGGAAAGUUUAAUACGCAACAAUUGCGAAAAGGACCACAAGUGCGGCCUGUGCCAAUCGUCGCUCAAGUAUUUGCAGUACGUUAACAAGAACAUAAUGCAAGUUUUGGGCAACUUCGAUUCGAUUGUGCAUGCUGCACGAGUUUUUUCCUCACAGGUGCCGCCAUCACCGAAAUACGCAGUAAAGAAACCCGAACCCAAGAAUUACAAAUCCGUGCGCUCCGAGGGCGGUGCUAUGCUUACCUCGCAGAAGUCAAUAUCCAAAACUCUCAGGCCCAUCAAAUCGCAGAAGUCAAAGAAAUCAUUAAAAGAAACUAAGACCAUAAAAUCUUCCAAGUCGGGCAAGAGUCUAUCCAAGUCUAAGAAGAAGGCCAUCAAUGCCACAAAGAAAGGCAUCAGUCAUGGCAAAAAGGUUCUAAUAAGUAAAUUCAAGCUCAAGCCAUCCAAAUCACCCAAACUCAAAAAGCAGCUCAGCAACGUCGUUCGCAGCGCCAGCCAGUAUCAUGCCAUGCGUGCCACGCGCUCCAAGCUGGCCAGCAAGUCCAAGCUGCUGAAGAAGCCUCCGCCGACCAGCAUCAACUGGCGCCUGCUCAAACGAAAUCUGCCCCAACGUGGCAUUACAAUUGGUGUUCAAUAGAUCGAUGUGCAACUAGUACGUUAAAUUGAUUUCAUGAUGGCCUAACAACAAUUAAAUUCUUUGUUUAUCACA